AUGUCAUUUUUUUCUGUUUUCCAGGCGCAUGGAAAAAUACCACUGAUUGACUGUACCCUCAUUGAGGAUCCAAGUUCAGAAGUGUUUUUAGUUGAUGAAGACACUUAUUCCCUCGACUCUGUAGGGAGCUUUGGAAGUCAGACCCUUGGCCCGAACACUCUGGUUAGUCAGACAGAAGGCAAAGAUAGAUCAUCUGACCACCAUGGACUUGAAUUCCGCCUUAUCAUAGAUUCCAAAAGUGGCCCACCGUCGACUUUGUCGCUCGUUGCUGCCACUCCACAAGAGAAAGCCGCUUGGUGUAGUGAGAUCAGUCAGUGUAUUGAGAAUCUUCACUACAGUGACCUACUGAACAGCUCUAUGUGGGAAUCUUCGUCGGUGACUAUGCCCCAGUCUGUUAGGUCUGAUCCAAAGUUGUUCCGUGAUGAUAUUGACAUAAAGUUUAGCAGAACCUUAAAUUCCUGUAGAGUUCCGCAGAUCCGCCAUGCCACAGUUGAACGCCUUUUGGAUCGUUUGACAGAUUUACGAUUCCUCAGUAUUGAUUUUCUUAAUACAUUCCUACUUACGUACAAAGUAUUCACUACUGGUUAUACCGUCUUGGAAGCGUUAAAGAAAGUGUACAGAAAUCCUGAUUGCUGUGGCAACUUGGAUGCAAUACCUCAUAUGAAUGAUCCAGAUAUCUACACUGACAGCACAGUUCAGUUUAGUGGAAGCCCACCAGAUUCCCGCCUUCUCAUUAGGCCACAACCCAAUGGACGACGGAUCAGCACAGGCUGCAUGAGGACAGAAAUCACAGGAGACAACCGCCAAGUGACUAUAGACAAACCUGUUCCUCCUUGCACUCCGAGUGCAUUUCAUAAAUAUCAUGGAGGAGAAUCAACAGAGAGUGAAGAGAGCCAGUCUGAGAUAUCUUCCUACCUGAAGCCAUCUCGACCGAAGCUUGCACCAAUAGCUUCCUGUGAGACUCUCUACGAUCAUGAAAUACCAAUUAUCACCACCAAUGAUGAUGUCUUCCUAAAAGAGUCAAAAGCUGUGAUGGAAAACUACCCCAGUGCUCUAAAAGACUCUGAUGACUUAGAUAACGGGAAGAACGGAAAACUGCUUGCCCCUUCAUCGACUCCAGUAUUGGCCUCAUCUUCAGAGACGCUAUGUGAUGGGCUCACACAGGCUGCCCUCAGCUCCACCCCCAGUACAGACACUCUAACGCCUAAGUCAAUGAAAGUCAGUCCAAUGUCCUCACCGGUCAGCUCCUCAAAAAAUUUUGUGCCAAGCAAGUCCAUGGUCGAUGGACUGCUGAACCAGACAGCCAGCUCUUCAUCAUCGCCCAUCACAAGUCCGAGAAAAUUUGUGCCAAUCAAUGUGGGAGACUCACGGCUUUCCAGGCCCUCCACUCCUGUCAAAACAGGUACCCCCAUCUCGUCCCCUGUGAGUAGCCCUCGCAAGAGUUUGCCCAUGAAACAAGUAGACUUUUACACAAGACCCUCAACCCCCGUGAAGGCCACAAGCAGUCUGCACAGCCUGGAUUCCAUUUCUUCAUCAGUUGAAAGUCCCACAAAAUCUUUUGCAUCCAAGAUUACAUCAUCACCAAUUAAGACACCUGUUUUUUCAGCCUCCCCUAGGCAUAUGCAGUCUCCCAGAGGCUCUGUCGCCCGAUCUCCAACAUCAAGCCCAAAGUUGCGGCGAGCCCCUUCACCGAUUCUUGGUUACAGUUACUCUUCUCCAAAUAUGAUAGUGCCUAGCAUGAAGAAUAUCUUUUCCAGUAAACGAGGCAGUGCAGAAGCAGAAUCAAUAUCUAGCCCGAGAAGUAGUUUUGCUCAAGCAGACGGCUCUCCUCCUCAGGCUCGAGCUGGAACAGUCGUCACCUCUUCACGCCAAUCAAAACGACGGUCCAGUUCGUCUGCUGCCACUACGGCAUUUGCUGCAGCCACUGCUGGAUCGACAAAUCCAUCUGACCAUCCAAAAGGGAGUCGUCAGUAUCUUACUCCAGGUGAUUACAGAAAUAAGAAACGUGAGUCGGUGCUAAGCGCUGCAGCCACAAUGCGGGUGCUGAAUGUCAUGAAACAUUGGGUAUCGAAACAUUUCCAGGAUUUUGAAUCAGAUGCUCAAUUGAAAGCAUUUUUGAUAGACUUACUAGAAGAAAUGGUUUGCAACACAUCCUUACUUCCUGCAGAACACAAGGCUGCUGCUGGGAUUCUACGUAUAAUUAAUCAGGAGAGCCAUGAUCCAAACAAAGUAGAUCUUGAUAUUUUAUUGGCUCCUCCAGCUACAUCUUCAAAUGACACAUUUGACACGUUAUCAGCUCUUGAUAUUGCUGAACAAUUGACCUACUUAGACCAUAAAAUUUUCAUUGCUAUCCGAAGUGAUGAAUUGCUGUCCCAAACAUGGAUGAAGUCUGACAAAGAAAUAAAAGCCCCACAUGUGCACUUAGUCAGCAAACGAUUCAAUGAGGUGAGUCGAUUGGUUGUGUCCGAAAUUGUUGGGCGGACAAAUGUACAAGACCGGGUAGCCUGCAUAGAGAAAUGGGCAGCAAUUGCAGACAUAUGCAGGUGUAUGCACAACUACAAUGGUGUGCUUCAAAUUUGUGCAGCAUUUGUUAAUAGUUCUGUUUUCCGAAUGAAAAAGAUGUGGGAACGAUUAUCAAAACAGACUCGACAAAUGAUUGACAAACUUCAGACAUUGGUUUCCUCUGAAGGAAGAUUCAAAAAUAUGCGAGAUGCAUUACACAGAUGUGACCCUCCUUGUAUUCCAUACCUGGGAAUGUACUUAACAGACUUAUCUUUCAUUGAGGAAGGUACACCAAAUUUCACAGAAGAAAAACUUGUGAAUUUUUCAAAGAUGAGAAUGAUUGCUCAUGUCAUUAGAGAAAUCCAAGUAUUCCAACAGACACCUUACAGAAUUGAGCAUCAUGCCAGGGUAACUAAUUACUUACUCGAUCCAAACCGACUGAUUCCGGAUGAGGAGGCAUAUCGAGCAUCUCUGGAGAUAGAACCUAAACAGUCACGUCUUUCUGUACCGAACAUUGACCCCUGA